GUACAAGUGCUUUCAGUCUGCUGCUGGCUGUCACGGAGAGCGGUUGUGUGCUGGUGGAGACUUCGGGGCUCCUCACACCUGACCUGGGAGAUAGGUACUGGAGUUACACGCUACACCUUGAGGCAUCUAACCCCAUCUCUAAAAAUGAACUGGUAUGAGUGGUGGUGGUCUGUACUCCUGUUAGCUGCUGUGUGGGCGGGGGAAGCAUCCUCGCCUCGGUGUUACCUUCACAACGCCCACAAUUGUCUGACGGGAAGCAGAGAGGAACCUGGGCGCCAAGAAACCGCCUAUGUGAAGCGAUGCCAGGGGGCUCGUGACGUUCCACCGCCGUUCGUUCAAGGUGCACAGGAAGUGGAGUGGUUGAUACAGCCGGUAGUGAGCAGCUGUGGGAGCAAGGGAGGCAAGAAGGUGCAGCAACGACUAGAUAGUUCCUUCUUCCUGCAGACUGACGAUAAUAAUGUGGUGCAACUAAUGACACGUGAGAUGGUUACUCGAGAUUAUUGCCUCGGUGUUAUGUUUGGAGGGCAGGAAGAACCACAGGCGGAAGAUGAGCAAGAGACGAGAGUAGACAAUGGUUGGGAAAUAGGAGCUCAUAAUGUUUCACCAAGUGCGAGUACAGUGGCAGAGGGAGGAUCGAAUCAAAAUGUGACAGAUGGAACAGUGAAGAAUGUGCUCACACUGAUGAAUAAAAAUGGUCAGCCGGACCCGGUACCUGAGUAUAUCGUCUUCUUCUGCAGGAUGGACCCAGAUGACCAAAUCUCCCGCGACCGAGAACUCUGUACCCUGAAACCUUGUGUCCGCAAGUGUUGUCCUCGGGGGAAGUUCUUCCAAAAUGACAUCUGUAUCUACGUUCGCAACAUCACUGAGAUGUGGACGCCUCAGGUCUCCAGCUGGUCUCUUGGUAUGUCCUCCGACCUAGAAAUAGCUGACAAUCUCCCUUUCGACAGUUACGAUAAAAACUGUUAUGCUGACGACCAAAAAAAGACACUUUUUGAGAGCGGCGAACUCAAGGUGAGCGGGAUUUUUAUGGAUCCAGAAGAUUACUGCAUCGACUUUGAAGAACAUGAGGACACAGUGAGAGAGGUGGCGCAAUUGUGUCCCCAACAAGACGCUUGUAACUGGAAGUCCGAGGUACUGGACCCGGUGUUGAUGGCCGUCUCGUGCGUAUUCCUGGCGGCCACAGCGAUGGUCUACAUAACUGUUGCUGAACUACGACGUACCAGCUACAGCCACUGUUUCAUACCCAUGAUCAUAACUCUCUUCAUUAAGUCAAUCCUCAUAUUGAUUUUAUUGUUCACACGCAACAUCCUGAAACAAGACAAGACUCUUUGCCUUGCUACAGCGUUCGUGAAUUUGAUGUUCGUUCUGUCUAGUUACUUCUGGCUAAACGUCGUCUGUUUUGACAUAUGGUGGACCUUAACGUCAAGAAGUUAUGGGGUCGUCAACAAACGGAAGAUGUUCUUUAAAUAUGGCCUAUACGCUUGGGGGUGCCCUUUACUGCUGGGCACAAUGGCUCUUCUCCUUGAUAUUAUUGAAGACGCCACAUACCUACAGCCCAAGUUUUACGAGGGAUCUUGUUGGUUUUACAAUAACGUCUCUCGAUGGGCGUAUAAGAACAGUAUUAUCUUAAUUCUUCUGGUCAUAAACUGUGGCUUUUUCCUGCACAUUGUUUUCGUCCUCGGGAAGAAACUUGACAACAGCGAUAUCAACAAUGCCAAUAGCCGCAGCACACGUAAUAACAACAGGUGGAAGACAUUUGGUCGACUGUUCAUAGUAAUGGGAGUUGUGUGGAUCCUGGAAGUCCCAAGUCCCUUCGCUCCCUGGGUUGAGUGCGUCUGGUGGAGAGUCUUAUUCGACACGAUCACCAAGCUACAGGGUGUGGUGAUCUUUUUGGUGUCAGUGUGUAACAAGGAGAAGAGACGGAUGGUACAGAAUCGCUUCUCCUCCCACUACACCAGCCGUAGCGAGAGGACCUUGUCAACCUCCCUCAGGGCGACUGUCAUGACCUUACUCAACAGGAACGGCAGGACUUAUGGCCAAGACAAUAUGGCCAGCGCCGCCACCGAGAACACUGUAGUCAAGACCACAGACCUCAAGGAUACUUCACGCUAAAUACACACAUGGAUAUAUAUAUACAUACAUAAAGAUACACAUACGGGUAUACACACAUGGGUAUACAUACAUAUGGGUAUACACAAACGGUAUACACAUGGGUAUACAUGUAUAAGGAUAUACUCAAACAUGGGUAUACAUACACAAGCAUAAAUAUUCGUACAUGAGGUUGCAGGCAAACAGUAAUAUACACAAACAGUAGUAUACACAAACAUUGUGUACACAAACAUGGUAUCCACAAACAGUGGUAUAAAUAUACAUGGGUAUACACACAUAUACGUAUCCAAACAUGGACACCGAGACCGAGAUUAAUCGUAAUUUUAGCUUUUAUUUAUAGUCCUGUAUGUAAGCUGAGAUUAUGUUCAGUGUUUUACCUGCUGGCCACCCAACCUUAUGAGAUAUACUUUUUACUUCUACCUUUAUCCUCUUCUCCACUGAUCGUCUUGUUAGCCGCUUGGGCGGUCGGUCACGUCUCUUUUAUGCACUGUUGGCAAGUACUGGGCAUGUACUGGCUCCUGAAUGUGUCUGUACUUGCUCCAGUGUUGGUCAAGUCUGGUCUUGAAUGAGCUAACAUUCGGUACCGUCACAACAAUCACUGGCAGAUUUUUUUAAGAGUUUACAAUUCUCACUCGAAAGUGUGCCCUCUCAGUUUUCUGUACUCGUGGCUUCUUCAACCUUGAGCUGUGACCCCUUGCGGGGCGGGCCGCCAGCUCCAGGUAUGGACAUUACUAAGUAGUGCCCUGUGAGAUGUUUGUAAAAUUUAAUCAGGUCACCUCCUGCCCGUCUAUAAGCAGUUGCAGGCGUUCUAAUCUCUCUGGAUAGCUGAGGUGCCGAAGUGCAAACACCAGUUUGGUGGCCCUCCUUUGGACAUUUUCAAUCAACUGACAGUCUCUAGCUGCUGUAGCACAUCUCGGGGACCAGACGGGGUGACAGUACUGCAGGCGAGGAAGCAUCUCACUCGAAGAGCAUUGCUGCGCUAUUGUGACUUUUAGGAUAUUUGUUUAAAAAAAUAAUAUCUCGAUAUAAUAUUUUUGGGGGUGUUACCUUAAAACAUAGACCUGCCAGUGUGGGUAUGUGUGUGCCAACUACCAAGUGAUAUGUAUUUUGUUUUUCAGUUUCAUGAUAUGAGUAACUAGCUAGGUUACUCAUUCAACAUUUCUGGAACUAGAGACACUUCUAAUAUUUAUCCUGGUGAGUAAAGCGUCAGGCGGUUUGCCCCUCCGUGUAGACAUACUUUACCGUAGUCUGUCCUGUAAGAGUAACAAUAAAAAACGUAUUUUCUAUUGAAGGAGUAACUAAAAAAAUGAGAUUAUAACAGAAUCUAUAUAUUAAUGUUUAUUUGUAUUGUUGUAUUUGUGUUCAUUAUAAUAUUCACUGACUCAUUAAUGGCUGUUAUCGGUGUUGUCUUACGCUGUGUAAUGGUUGUGGUGCUGUACCAGUAUUAGCUGUACAGGUUACAACAGUAGCACUAACAAGUAACAGUAGCAGUGACAAGGACAGGUAGUAACAGUAGAAGCAGUAACAAGUAACAGUAGCAGUAAUAGAAACAGUGAUAAGGACAGGUAGUAACAGUAGGAGCAGUAACAAGUAACACCAGUAGUGUAGUUGUAUCCGUAGAGAGGGUGACAGUAUACUGUAUUCUUCUAUAAUAUAAAUGUUUAUUUUUGUAUCUCUCCCAGCAACACAACGUGACCUUGCAAUUAAUACACUCACGCACUUACCCACACACGCACUCAUUUACCCA